UCCCUCCCCCGCUCUGUUCGUUACCGAACAUUUAUUUUCAGUAUUUAGUCUCGUCACGAAAACGUCCAAUGAAUUGACAUUGACACAUAGAGUAUACAGAUCAGCAGCUUUAAAUUCAGUUAUUCGGGUGGUAAGUGAUUCCAACCAAAUAAUUAUCCAUAUUCUUCCCAAAUACAAAACGGUUAAAUGACAACAGAGCUUUCCAGAAGAAAAAUAAAGUUUGGUAUUUUAAUUUACCACAUUUGAUUACUCCCUGCUGAGAAAAAUGCUUGCUAAACAUUAAAUAUAUACAGAUAAUCAAAGUAUUCUGUAUGUUGUUGAUCUUCGAUGUAUAACGCGUGUGGGAGCAUCCUUCCUCUGUGGUCUUGCGGGUGCACCCUCGCGGCAUUGACGUGAGUGGUCCUGAUGCUGCGAAUCGUGAACGCGCAUUACAUCACUUCUCUCCAGCGCGAUUGGCCGCGGGUCCACUUGUCCUGCCGCCGCGCAGCACCCGCAGCAGCGGCUUUUCAAACAUCGCCUCGUCGCCCCGUAUCGACUGAUCGGUUCGCGUUCGUUUGGUGGUGUGCUCGUCUCGUCGUCCCUGCACUGCCGGUCAGUCUUCGACGAUGGCGGAGAGCGAGGCAGACACGCCGAGCACGCCGAUCGAGUUUGAGAGCAAAUAUUUCGAGUACGAUGGAGUGCGGCUGCCGCCCUUUUGCAGGGGGAAGAUGGAGGAGAUCGCCAACUUCUCCCUUAGAAGUAGCGACAUAUGGAUCGUCACCUACCCGAAGUCAGGAACCAGUCUACUUCAAGAGAUCGUGUAUCUGGUGAGUCAGGGGGCAGACCCAGAUGAGAUUGGCCUAAUGAACAUCGAUGAACAGCUGCCUGUCUUAGAGUACCCCCAACCCGGCCUGGACAUCAUACAGGAGCUGACAUCCCCACGUCUGAUCAAAAGCCAUCUUCCCUAUCGAUUCCUACCCACAGCCAUGCACAACGGAGAGGCCAAGGUGAUCUACAUGGCUCGUAACCCAAAGGACCUGGUGGUGUCCUACUACCAGUUCCACCGCUCCCUCAGGACCAUGAGCUACCGGGGAACUUUCCAAGAGUUCUGCCGGCGCUUCAUGAACGACAAGCUGGGAUAUGGUUCUUGGUUUGAACAUGUUCAGGAAUUUUGGGAACAUCGUAUGAACUCUAAUGUCCUCUUCUUGAAAUAUGAAGACAUGUACAAGGACCCGGGGAAAUUGGUUGAACAGUUAGCCCAGUUCCUGGGGGUUUCCUGCGACAAGGCCCAGCUGGAGGGGAUGGUGGAGAGCUGCAACCAGCUCAUUGAGCAGUGCAGCAACUCGGAGGCGCUGUCCAUCUGCAGAGGUCGUGCAGGUCUGUGGAAGGACGUCUUUACGGUGUCCAUGAACGAGAAGUUUGACACUGUGUACAGACAGAAGAUGGGCAAGUCCGACCUGACCUUUGACUUCUGCCUGUGAGGAGCGGCCGACCCUCCACCCUCCCCACCCCCCCGCUGAUCCUCUACAAGCUCCCACAACUCCAUCUGCCAAUCGGUUUCAAGUUCAAUGGUUACGGUCUGAGAGUGGGAUUACAGGACGAGACUUUUUCCCCAGAUUGCAACAUUAUCAAAAGUCCCGCCCCCUUGUGGAAUAAUCAAAAUGAUUCCAGAUUCAUUAGAAAUGUUAUGGAUGUUUCAAUCACUAGUUCAACAAAACCUCUCUCAGCCUCUACCUCCCCACUACGCUCCCACUGCUGAUAUGUGUUUAUACUGAGUAUAUGUGUAAAUACUCAGUAUAUGUGUAUUUAUUCAGUAUAUGUGUAAAUACUCAGUAUAUGUGUAUUUAUUCAGUAUAUGUGUAAAUACUCAGUAUAUGUGUAUUUACUCAGUAUAUGUGUAAAUACUGAGUAAAUGUGUGCAUACCACUUGCAGAUAUUUGUGACUAAAAAAACCUUAUAGUCACAUGUACGGCGGAAAGAAACAGUCCAGCCAUUGAGUGUUUUCCUGCGAUGCAAAGGCGCCUCAGAAGACCACCUGGUGGUCCGCAGAGGUCAGUGCCGAGAGGUUGGAUCACAUAUAAAAACGAGUAAGCAAGUUACAAAGCUAGUUAUUUUUAUAUUAAAGAAUUCACAUGGAUAAAAAACAAACCAAAGUGAUUCAAACAUUUACUAAAUUUUAUUCUCCUUAGAAAACACCUGUUUGCCUGCUUAUUCCUGGUUCUUGGCUUCUAACCCUUCCACUUUAUGGCCUGAUACUCCGGCAGCAGGAAGUCAGUGGUGGCACCCGGCGGCUCCAGGCCCACUCCACCGUACCCACGCCACAGAUUCCACACAGAGGCAUAAACCGGCCCUUAUUUGGUUUGACUCCACUCUCUCGCGAGAAACAACGAAGUCUUGAGAACAAAGACACAUUACAUGUCAUUACACUUUUAUCCAAAGCGACACAUCACUCUUGACGUGAUUAUUCUUUGUGUUGAUCAGCCACAAAUAUCUGUACACAGCCUCAGUGACGCUCUCUGACGUUUUUGGUUGUCAAGUGGGUAAUUCCACUGAAACAUUGACACCAUCACAAAACACUGACACAUCUGCAGAGAGGCCCAGGCUAAUGAAAAGGUUUAGAUGUCGGUAGCUUUACCAGCCAGACCACACAAACACACACAUACUUGGGUUUGUGAGGACACUGGGAUACAUUACUGCAUGGAAGGGAGGAAUUGAGACCGCCGAGGCACAGCAGCUGGACACUACUUAUCCCCAGUCCACCAUGAUGGUAUAUUUAAUAUAUUUAAUAACCGAACCAGCUGCCCAAAGACAAUUACAGGUUUUAGAGACAGCAUUAUCUGCCCUCCAUCUGAAUAUCGGUCAAACCCCGCUAAUGCACUAAGUGCAUUAGCGCUCAUCUGGAUGCAGCAGUGUCUGGGAACCAGGUAGACAUGCGCAUGCUGCAGCAAGUGUGAAUAGGGGAGGCCAGACCUGGAGAGAGCAAGCCUGCUGCGCCCAAUGCUCAGUGUCACAGCUGAGAUGUUAUUGUGUUAGAUGAUCAAUGUCCCUCUGCUCAAAGUGCUCCAUCACCGAUCUUCACUUCUGCAUCAGCUUUAUGUGUGUUUGGGAGAGAGAUCUGUCGGUGCUCAGUUACUGUAUACUUCAAGAAUGCUUCAGUUUCCAGACUAAUUUGUCAUGUCAGAUUUAAUAUGUCAAGGAUAUUAAAAACCACUAUGAGUAGGAUUAAGAAAUGUGUUACUGUAGCAUACCUUAAUGGCACUAGAGGUAUUUUGUAUACAAAGGCACUUUUUGAAUUUUGAAACUUUGUUUUACUUGGUGUCCCAGAAGAUAUGCCUCCUGGUGGUUAAAAUAAGCAGAUGCCAAACACACAAGAUACUAAAUAGUUUCCUCAAGGUGUUAAAUAGAUCAUCAUCUUAAAUUUAAUGUCUGAGUGGAGGAAUUUAAAGUUAAAGGUCAACAUGAUAUCUUUUUUGCUGCGAAAUAAUACUAUGAACUUUAAAAGAUAUCUACUUAUAUAUCGACAAAAGAGAAAGGAUCAACAGAAAAGGUACAUGGAUAAAUAGUAAAGAAAGACCUGUGCAGAGGAGGUAGACAUCUAAAAGCCUUGGAGAAUAUUUCUCCUAUAACUCAAAAGCAAAAUAAACAAAAGGACAUAGCAUGACUCUAAAUUUAACAUUGAUGUCUCAAGAGUUGAUGCUUCUAAGCUUGGUGUAAAGAAAACACAAAAAAUCAGCCCUGCUCAGUGUAGUGAUGAAAUAUUUAUCUAGUGGUCCCCAUGGCUAGAUAAUCCUGGGCCCCCGUUGACCUCCUUGACCCCAUGUUUUUAAAAACACAAAUCCCUCACAUGGAGUGAACUAUGAGCUUGUAGAAGGGGGCCCCGUUUAGGGGAGAACAUUCAGUGUGACCUAACUUUGUGUCAAAGACUUCAAAAUGUCAUAUCACAAUAUGAGUGGCUCCUAGGAGUCUAACACUUCUUAGUCUUGAUAUAACAUAUAACAGGCCACAUGCAACUUACUGUUGGAAACUAUAAUACUGAAAUGUCACCCAUACCCAAAAAUACUUUUUUUUUUUUGUUGACUUUUUUAAAAGUGAACAUUGUGUUCCUCUGUGUUUGUUUGUUUGACCCACGAAGGAACAGAUUGUAGUUGUAUGCCAACCAACCCUGGUACACUUAUACAUUUAUACACCUCUGUUGGCCAGAUCACUGGAGACUAGAGGGCAGAAAAAAUAAAUGUGUUUGUGUGUUGGAGAGUGGGGGGGGGGGAUCAUUCACCGGCUGUGCUCAUCCAGGAUUAGACAAACUCUGGAUGUGACAGGAAGAAUACAAAUUGAUUCCAUAUUAUAGAGAGAUUCAUGUGCUACACUCGUCUGCAGGGUGUCAGUCAGUCUCUAAUGCUUCUUGCAGACAUACUUUCUGUGGACCACUUUGGCCACUUGUUGAUCCACACACGGUUACUGUGUGAACAAUGCUGCAAAGUUCUCAGAGUUGCCGUGGUCUGCAGGAGAGCAAAGAGAGCAAAGCACUAACCUGUAACCAGCAUUUCCUUUCUUUUGUACGCUCUUGACUCUGUGGUGUCACACACAGCUGCAGCAUCUGGAGGCAGACGAGGCGUCACUCACACACCAGUCACCUCUCCCCCUGUUGCCACAGUAGUUUCUCACCCAGCUCUACCAGACACUUGAAUGUCUCCAAUGUGUGGACGCAAACCUCAGCCCACACAUCGUGGUGCCCGCCUCUUUCAUGGCUGCCUGUUUUUUCCUAUUUCAUUGUUCUCUCAGUCGCUGUUUACAGACGUUGGCAAAGCUUCAGACGCGCAUCUCCACUUUCAUGUUUUUUUUUUUUAUCCAUGCCUGUCUCUAUUUCCCGGCCUACUUAAAUUGUAUUUUACAUGCUUUGCUUGCUGAUUUAUUAAUAAAGUUGGGUCUUUAGUCAA